UUUGCCACCGGUGUUGUCUCGUGCGCGGCACAGAGACAACACGCGCUGUUCAAUUUCUUCACACAGAGAGAAGACUUUUCGCGUGUAAUAACGCCUUAUAGCGCGACAGUCGCGUCGCCGAGAGUGAGGUCCGGACCUCUGUUCCUGUGGAUCUGCGUCACCUGCGCGUGACAACAAACCGGUCCAGAUGGCCGACAAAAACACCAGAAUCGCUAUUGUGAACCACGACAAGUGUAAACCCAAGAAAUGUCGUCAGGAGUGCAAGAAGAGCUGCCCUGUGGUGCGCAUGGGUAAACUGUGUAUCGAGGUCACUCCUCAGAGUAAAAUCGUCUGGAUCUCUGAAUCUCUCUGCAUCGGCUGUGGCAUCUGUAUCAAGAAAUGUCCAUUUGGCGCUCUGUCCAUCGUAAACCUGCCGAGCAACCUGGAGAAGGAGACCACACACAGAUAUUGUGCCAACGCCUUCAAGCUUCACAGGUUGCCCAUUCCUCGCCCCGGAGAGGUGCUGGGGCUGGUGGGUACUAACGGUAUUGGCAAGUCCACUGCUCUCAAGAUCCUGGCUGGCAAACAGAAGCCAAACCUUGGGAGAUUCGACGCCCCACCUGACUGGCAGGAGAUCUUGGCGUAUUUCCGCGGCUCCGAGCUGCAGAAUUACUUCACUAAGAUUUUGGAGGAUGAUCUGAAGGCUAUCGUGAAGCCGCAGUACGUCGAUCAGAUCCCCAAAACCGUUAAGGGGUCAGUAGGAUCUAUUCUGAGCCGCAAGGAUGACACUAAAACAGAGGAGCGGGUGUGUGAACAGCUAGAUCUGUUGCACUUGCGUGACCGUAGCGUCGAGGACCUAUCAGGAGGAGAGCUGCAGAGAUUCGCCUGCGCAGUCGUCUGCAUUCAGAGAGCUGACAUUUUCAUGUUCGACGAGCCGUCCAGUUAUCUCGAUGUCAAACAGAGGCUGAGAGCCGCCAUCACCAUCCGCUCCCUCAUCUCUCCAGACAGAUACAUCAUUGUGGUGGAGCAUGACUUGAGUGUGUUGGAUUACCUGUCUGACUUCAUCUGCUGUCUGUAUGGAGUUCCCAGCGCUUAUGGAGUUGUGACGAUGCCCUUCAGCGUCAGAGAAGGUAUCAAUAUUUUCCUGGACGGUUACGUGCCGACGGAGAACCUGCGCUUCAGGGAGACGUCACUGGUGUUUAAGGUGGCAGAGACGGCGGCUGAGGAGGAAGUGAAAAAGAUGUGUCGUUAUCAGUAUCCUGAUAUGAAGAAGAGCAUGGGAGAGUUCUCGCUCUGCAUCACUGAAGGAGAGUUCACAGAUUCUGAGAUUAUGGUCAUGCUGGGAGAGAACGGAACUGGGAAGACCACGUUCAUCAGAAUGCUCGCAGGAGGACUCAAACCGGACGGAGGAGGUGAUAUACCCAUCCUGAAUGUGAGCUACAAACCACAGAAGAUCAGUCCCAAGUUUAAAGGCAGCGUACGAGCUUUACUUCACGAUAAGAUCAGAGAUGCAUACACGCACCCUCAGUUUGUCACUGAUGUCAUGAAGCCCAUGCAGAUAGAGAGCAUCAUCGACCAGGACGUUCAGAAUCUGUCUGGUGGUGAGCUGCAGCGUGUGGCUCUGGCUCUGUGUUUAGGGAAACCAGCAGACGUGUAUCUGAUCGACGAGCCGUCUGCUUACCUGGACUCUGAGCAGCGUCUGAUGGCUGCCAGAGUUGUCAAACGAUUCAUCCUCCAUGCGAAGAAGACGGCGUUUGUGGUGGAGCACGACUUCAUCAUGGCCACUUACCUGGCAGACAGGGUCAUCGUGUUCGACGGCAUUCCCUCCAGAAGCACCACCGCCAAUGCUCCACAGUCGCUGUUGGCGGGCAUGAAUAAGUUCUUGGCGCAGCUGGGGAUCACAUUCAGAAGGGACCCCAACAACUUCAGACCAAGAAUUAACAAACUUAAUUCCAUCAAGGAUGUGGAACAGAAGAAGAGCGGCAACUACUUCUUCCUGGACGACUGAAGAUCUCAUUUCACAGAAUUCCGGAAAUCUCAUCCCACAGGGCCGCCGUUCAAUGUGACAUCAAACCAUGUGACUGUCUGAACUAUCAAACACCAUCACCGCCCUGUGGAUCCAUUUCAAACAUGCAGAUCUUCUCUUUGUCGCUGGCAUAAUUUGUUGGACAGAUGGACUGAGAUGAAAGCAAAGCCAAAGAGAAGAGUGAACAACAUUUAGGAAUGAAACCUGGACAGAUGUAUGUUUCCGGGUGAAUUGUUGCCGUCAUUAACGUUAAGGUUCUUUCUGGUGGUGUGAAAUAUGCCAAACGCAACUGUAUAUUUGAAUAAAAUAUUUUAAUCAUGUUACAUCAUCAUAUUAAAAACAGAUUGGCUUUUGUGUUCGAGGGUCUUGAGAUGAACUGAAGCUUUACGAUAUUAAAACAAUUCUCUCACACACACACACACUACCAGCUACACACAACUCUGUUGUGUCAAAGGCUCGUGAGCCGAUGACAUUGUUUUGGAAUAAACUGAUUUACAACGGAA